UCUCGUUUUGCCUGCCUGUAAAUCUAAAAUCACAAUUUUCUACACAUAAAUCCGUAUAAAUAAUCUUUGAACCGUUUUUUUUUCAAGGAUAUAUAAAUAGUAUAAUUGAUGCUAAAAAUAUUUUUAACGCAAAAAUAUAAAUAUAAAUGAAAAAUGCAGUGUGGAACAUAACCUCCAAAAAAUGUGAAAAUCACACACAAGCCUCGCAAGCAUUUCACAAGUGUGGAAGUUUAAGAAUUAUGUCAGUGAUAUGUGUUAAAAUAAAUUAAAAAAUGUUGGGGAUAUUAAUUUAUUUAUGGUGAAUCAAAUUAUUGAAAUGAGGAAAUUGGAAAAACGACAAGUUUUUAAAUUGUUUGUGAGGAGUUCUCAGACUCGAAAUUGGACUUGAAAUGCUGAUUUCUUUUGACGUUUUUGCCUCUGUAUGAUUAAUCUUAAAAGUAAUUUAAAAAAAAGUCAUAAAAAUCUUUGGAAAUGUGGAUGAAUGUAAAAUUUCAUAAUGACAUUAUAAUGUCAUUAUGUUUAAUUUAUCAAUAGUUUGAGAGUCUGUCUAGUGCUUCAAUGGCUUGUGUCUCUAGAAGAAGGUGCGAUUAAAGGUUGAAAUGGCAAUAUCUAGUUGGAUGAUUUGGGGUAGAAGCCUUCGUAGUAGUAGACCACAUCGAAGUCGACAGGAUAACGAAGACCGCUGUGUAAAGCUCGAUCUGUCAAAAGGUUUAAAUGAGAAUAUAAAAGAGGCUUUAACUAAUCUCUGUCAACGACAAGGAGUUUCGGCCGGUAAAAAACUUGCAUAUUUGAAUGCAUUCGUUAAGCUCAUUAGGGAAAAUGACGCCAACGAUUUUGGAUAUUCUGUUGAACAGCUAUUUUGUUGUUUGCGUGUGGGACUUAUUCACGAAGUUACACAGGUGCGUGCAGCGGCAUUGCGUGCCGUUCGUUAUAUGCUUAAAAAAGAGCAAGAUGUUGUCUCGAUCAACAAGUUGCAAUAUCCAUAUUUUCUGGCACGUAGUAUGGACGUUAAUCUUCGUACCGAAAUGGAAAGAAUACAAGCUUUACGUUUAGUGAGAAGAAUAUUGGUCCUUGCUCCAAGAUAUUUUAGUCCAGCACUAGCGAGAUCGUUGAUAAGUUUAACGAAUGGCGGUAUCGAUGAAAAGGAUCGUGGUUUUCACGCUUUUUUCUCAACACUCUGCGAAUUAGGCGUUCUCAAUUCAAAUCUACUGAUAAAUUGCAGUGGAAUAUCGACAUUGGCACGCGCCGCAAUGAACGGACAAAGUCCAUCAAUAAUUGAAUCGGCGGUCGGAGUUCUUUUGAAAUUACUCUCAACACCCGAGACGAGGAAUCACGUCUCAUUAUUUUGCCUCGCAACACCGUAUUGUGAACUACAUUCACCGGGUUUGGAAAGACCGAGUGAAGAUCGUCAGCAAAAAUUCACGGCUAGUAAACACGCGCUUCUGAGUGUUCUACGAUCCUACUCGGGGGUUAUUCAUUUUUGUAAUCCGAAUCACACGUCGGGUUUGAAGUCGAUUGUGAAUAUUCUCUACGUUGAACAGCAGGAUGUCAGAGGAGCGGUUCUUGAGCUUUUCUACGAAUUAUUGGGAAUACCAUUGCCCUUGUGGACUGACGAGCCGGACGUUGCACUCUCAGCAGUGGAUCCGAAUCGAGUGCGCGAGACUUGGAAAUUAUCGGAAGGUUUCAUUGCCGCUGAGGGUAAGACGAUACUUCCUUCGCUAAUGUCGCGGAGUCCGAAUAUCACCGAAAUGCAUCUUGCACUAUUGGUCUAUGUACUUUUGGAAUGCGGUCUGCACAAGGCCCUCGCCGAGGCGAUUGUCACCUCUGAUACUUUCAUCUGUGUACGAGCGGCGAUUCUUCUCGGUGGACUUUUACAUUUAUCGCAUUCACUUCUACCACCUGAGGUGUGCGAUCUCACGCCUCCGCUGCCGAAUUUGGUGAUUCACGCGAGUCGCGGUAAACAUCAAGCCCUCGCGGCAGUGACAAUCCUAGGACGUAUGCACUCAAUGAUGCGCGAACGUCCCUCACCCACCAGUCUCUUUCUCGAUCGAAUGAUCCAAGGUGGCAAUUGGCUGCGAUCGACAAUACCAAAAACGGACAUUCCCGUCACUCCCAAAAAUUGGCUCCGUCGUGAAACCUCAUCAGCGGCACUUUUGAAGAAAUCCCAAGUCCUCACAACACGCGACGUACUCGCAUGGAACUGGCCAAUUAUUCGCGCAAUUCUACACUCGAGGGAGGAUUAUUUCAAACUCCUUCACGACACCGAUCAUCGUCUCUUCAUCAAGAAACUAAUACGUUACUUCAAACCGUCAUCAAAUCAAUUCAGUCGAAUUGAGCUAGGACGCACCGCAACACUAGCUCGUGAAUCGACACUCGCCGGUAGUCAUCUCAUAAUUUGCCUCCUGGAAAUACCCGAGCCGGACAGUACCCGUUUUCUCAAUGAAUUAAUUGCAGAUAUUGCGAAUGAAAUAACAGCCAUAAGAACAGCGCAAUCAGCUCACGAUUGUCUAUUUUCACCGAGGCACAUGUCGACGACUUGCUGUCAAAAGUAUUUUCUCUUUCUUGGACAAAUGAGUCAUUCGGCGAAGGGCACAGUGAUUCUAAAGAGUUUCAAUCUACUGCAAAAAUUACAGGAACUCGCAAUAUCGACAAAUCACGAUUGUUACGUGAAAUUGAUAAUGUCGAGUUUGGAUUACACCGGCAAUGGUGUCAAUCGAAAAGUGAUGAACAAAAUAAUUUCCGAAUCUUCACUAGAGAGUACAAGACUUUAUGCCACACAAUUUUUACGAUGUAUAUUGAGAGCUAAAAUGAAGGAUGCCUUUCAAUGGGCAAUUACAAUUUUAUCGGAGAGAUUGUCUGAUACUAGUAAAGCUGUCGCUUCGGCGGCUCUUGAUAUUCUUCAUGAGGCAUGUGAGGAGCCGCACUAUCUCGAGGUGUUCUUUCAACAGAAUAAAGAUUGGGAUCGUAUAUUAAUGAAUCUUGGCGAUAGGGGUUAUUUAUUGAAAAUAAGACUCUAUUCGUUGAAAUCAGGUUUUGCGAGUUUAAGUUCACCGAGUGAGGAGCUUGAGAAGUGGAUUAAAACGGGAGGUUUUGCUGAACGCUACGUGGGAUUGAUUGAGGGGGAAAUUCAUGAUUCUCUGACGAGGAGGCAACGUGGUGAGAAUGGUAGUUACAUGAGGAGGAAUACGAAUAUUCCAAUUUCGCCACGCGAUGCAUUUAUACCACCGCAUUUAAUUGGUCAAUUAGUUCAACAUGAAUUGGGUUUGCAAUUACUGAUGAGAAGGAAUGUUUUGCAGAGAUUCGCGAGAGUUGUGCAGAGAUUUCGCUAUGAGUACGGUGUCACCGAGCAGGAGAUGUCGAUGAAGAAUAUGAAAUCGUCAAGAUCGAUUAUUGAGGAUUCGUAUCUUGUGUCGGAGGAGUCGGGCACUGACGAGGCGGCCGAGUCAACGCGUCUCGAGACGAUAAUUGAUUCGGAAAUAAUGGAAUUGUCGGAGAGUCAGACGCCGCAAAAGGCCGAUUCGUUGGUGGAGAUUCGGAGGAAAUUGAGUUUGGAUGAGUCGAGACGAACGACGCCGGAGAGAAGUUGGAAGGGCGAUUUGGAGAGUCGAGAGGAGAAUUCUUCGUUGAAUUUUGAGGGACGUUUGUUGAGGGUGAAGGCGGCGUUGUGGGUAUUGGGCCAUGCGGGACUAUCGGCCGAGGGAAUGGAGCAGUUGAAGAAUUUGGGAAUUAUUGAAAUGUUGACAUUGAUGGCGGAGACAUGUCCUUAUUAUGUGGUGAGAGCGACGGCGAUGUAUUCGUUGAGUUUGGUUAGUACAAAUCGUGCUGGCGCGGAUGUACUUACGACGUUAAAUUGGCCAUGCGUGAGAUUUAAGAGAGGCGAAGAGUGGCCGAUUGUGCAGCAUUGUGCUCCUUGUCAAUCGCCUAGUCCACCGCCUGUUCAACGACAUCAUCGCAGUCUCAGCGAUGGAAAACCCGAAUUUCCCGAACCAGUUAUUCGAAGAACGAGAAAUCGAUCGGAAAGCGCGGCUACUGAAUUGGAAGUUCGCCGUCUCAUUCUUCCGGAAAGAGGCGAGACUCCAAGUCCUGUAUCCAGUGUUCAGAGAUUAAGUCAACAAGAUGCUGAGGGUUACGCUCGCCUUCGUACUAUUCAACGUUAUCGUAGGCCAAGUUUUUCUCAAAGCAGUUUAGAGAUGUAUAGUUCGGACGGUAGAUUAUCGCUGCAGAGUUUAUCGGAAUUUGAAUUUUCACGAAGUUGGAUUGCCGAAAGUAUUUUAUCGUCAACGCCACCGCCACCAACACUGCCACCACCAAUUGACAAUGAUAAUUCGUCAUAUAUGGGAAUUUGCCUUCCGAGGAAAUUAACGACAAUGUUUCCUAAUCCUGUGCGGCCAUUGUCUAAGGGUAGACUAGAGGAGAAAUCAAAAAUUCACGUUGAUCCAAGUGGUGCCGAUGAGGAAUCAAAUUCAGAGUAUGAUGUUGCCGGAGAUCAUUCUCGUGUGUGCCUAAUAUGUUACAGCGGAACAAAUAAUAUUAAAGAUUCUGAUUUGGACUCCAAAAUAACGAGGGAUAUAUUUAAGCACGUGCAGCGUCUUGCGAAUCCUGUAUUAUAUAAACAUAGUAAACAAACAUUGUUAACAUUGCGUCAGAGGCAUCCUGAAAAAUUUCAAAACGUUUGUAUUUUUUCUGAGGUUUCUGCUCGCUUAGGAAAUAAUACUUACAGGAUACCAGCUCGUCGAUUUUUACAAGAAUUAUUUUUAGAUUCUUCAUUUGAUGCGCUAUACAAAGAGCCAGCGGAGAUAUUGAGUAUUACGUUAGAUAUUGAAGAGAAAUCAGUUCCUACUUCGCCUUCGGAUAAUUCUCGUUUAUCGGCAAAGCCUUCAGAGACUAAAAUUAAUGGUAGAGUGACACCCUCGUGUCUUCAGAAUGAUCCAUUGAGUUCGGUGCAAGAAGAGGCGACAACAACUGGUGGACAGCCACGAAUUGUUUAUCCACAAAAUAAAAAAGAAACUGCACUUAUCGCGGAGAGAUUGAGUGAUGAGAAAAUUAUUGCUGAAAUUCUCAAACCAGAAGAACGAAUAAGAGUGGCUAAGAGUUCGGAGAAAAUUUUAAAGGUAACAGGUACAAAUACUGCCAUAAACCUUGAAUAGUACUUCUUGAUAUUUCAGCAUCUGUACAUAUUUUUAUAUUAAAAAAGCAAAAAAAAAAAAAAAAA